UUUGUUCAGACUUUGUGCGUGGCCCUGCAUACAGCCGUCAACCACUUUCUCGUCAUCACCCCCCUGGUCAUGGAGACAGAGACCAGGCGCCUGCUCCACGCAGUAGCGUUCCCUUCGCCCAAUGAGCAGUACAUGAAGGACCAAGAGACCUUCGCCGCACUGUUCAAAGAGCCAGAGUUCCUUGUCACUCUUCAACUGCUGUCCACCGAUCGGGGCCUCAGUCACAAUGAAAGGCUCAUGGCUUCUCUGGUUACCAGUCGCGAGCUGAAGACCAAGUGGAGGAACAAAACCGUUGUCCCUGAAUCCCGAAAGCCUGACAUCAGACAGUCACUCUUCUCCUUCCUGCAUGAAGCCGAGCUUGGUGUGAGUAUGGCAACAAAGCCGUGCUCGGGCGCUGACAGAUUGGUUGCAGAUUGCCCGACCUCAGCUCUCGCUGUUGGUUGCCAUUGCCCGUAUCGAAUACCCCAAGACUUGGGGAAAUCUCCCACAGAUUCUCCUCGAUGCCUUUACCUCAAGCGCCAACUGUCUCAACGACCCGUUAAACAUUCCUGCCGACGCCGCUGUCGUACUCUUGAACGUCAUAUGGACCAUUAAUGCUCUAGUCAAAGAUUGGCGAACAGUGAGGGUAGCACAGGGUGCGGCGGCGAUGCAAACGUUCGAGCAGGCUUUUGCGGGACCGAUGCAGAGCGUCAUGGAGGUCUGGGCAAGGAGCACGAGGGAAGGAGGAGGCAAUGCGACCGUGGAAGAGGCAGGAAGAUACGCCUUCAAGAUUCUCGCACGGUUCUGUCAGUGGAAUUGGGCGAAAGCCAAGGGCAUUCAGUCCCCUGAAGCUAUCCAACGGAUCACCGUCCUUCUCCAACACACCGUUCAAUACGCCCCUGUUCUACAAAGCAACCGUGUACAGAUGAUCUCUUCUGGUACUUCCCAAGACAAGGUUCUUCGGUCUGCAACUAAGCACCUGCGAUCAAUUGGUAAAUGGUGGCGGGUGAUGAUUGCUACAGAUCCAAAACGGUUCUGUGCCAUAGAGGGUGUCACAUCGGGUGUUGGAUGGUGGUGGAGUGCGGUCGGUGGGGUUGUGGCCAACUCGGAUGGAGCAGUUGCAAAUGAUGACUCCGACAAUUGCCCUUACCCCAAGAGAUUCCUCCUUUUGGGAUUACUUCUUUUCAAGGACAUACUUCCUAUCCUUGCAGCAGACCACCAUCACAUUUUCACACCUGAUUUUAUCCUCUCGGCUUUCCACCUUCUGGUUGACAAGCUGUUGCCCCUGACCUCUACUGACCUCGAAGAUUUGGAAGAUGAGCCAGAAGAGUGGCUAGUCAGAGAAAGCAAUGAUGAAGAGGCUUGGGCAUUUGAAUUUAGACCCUGUGCAGAACGAGUCCUCAUAUCCCUCAAUAACGCCUGUCGUAAUGUACCAAAAGAGAACAGAGUCAUUGAGCCAGCCAUGUUGAAAAUGGUCGCUGAAACAGAAGGCAUGUCACCAAAUGACCUUCCAAAUGUCCUGAGGCUCGAGGCAGUGUACUGUACCCUUGGCCGUCUCAGUCGAUCCAUGGCAUCAUAUGGUGGCAUAGACAUCAAUAGCCUUCUGUCUCAAAUGGGGUCAUGGAUGGGCCAAGAUUAUCCUCUCCAUCGCAUUGUCAAACGGCGCGUAGCCUGGCUAAUUGGAGAAUGGGUCACUGCAGAUGAAGAUUCUGCAAAACUUCCAGUGAUAUGGCAAAUGCUGAUGUAUCUGCUCUCUGAGAGAGGUUCAUCUUCAGACAAGGCAGUGAAUUUGACAAGCGCCAUUGCUGUCAAAGAAUGUGUUGACCUCUGGGAGCUCCCUAUUGACUAUUUCUUGCCUUAUCUGGAGCAGUCUGUACAUGAACUGGUGAAACUACUUGGAGAGGCAAGCACACUUGAUGGAAAGAAAUAUGUCAAUGAGGCAAUUGGUGUUGUGAUUGAAAGGGUUGGAGACAAAAUGAUGCCAUACUUACCGUCUGUUGCACAGUCCAUUCCUGUCCUUUGGUCAAGUGCAGGGGGUUUGGAGGGAGAAUGGCUGUUCAAAGCAUCUUUGGUUGUCCUCAGCACCAAAUUGGUCACUGCUGCAAAAGAAAGGUCUGGUGAAUUGAUGGAGCUUGUCAUUCCUCUUAUUGAGGAGAGCUUGCAGCCUCCUGCCAAAGAAUUUUUUGAAGAGGAUGGUUUGAUUCUCUGGCAAACUGCCAUUUACAAUGCCACCUCCCUCUAUCAGCCAAAUGUGUCAACCGGUCUUAUUCGCCUUCUUCCAGGACUUCUUCAGGUCUUGGGUGAAAAUAUGGAUCUUUUGUCAACACUUGUUGGACUGGUUGACUCAUAUCUUCUCCUUGAUGCCCAAAAUAUCACACAGGAAUAUGGACAAGUGUUGGCAUCCUCGCUCAAUAAAGCUCUUGUCACCAGUGGUUCCAAUGUUGGUUCUGUUGUCAGGAUCCUUGAGACUCUGGUGCUAUGGGUGUCUUUGGUCCCUGUUCCCUCUCUUCACUCUCUUCUUUUGCAAUCAGGCAUUUUUAGCCAGAUUACACAAUCUCUUGAAGAUGACAAGGCAUCCGGUCAAAUAUUGGCAUCUUAUCUCAAUGUUCUUGCCAACAUUGCAAUAUCAGAUGCUGGAAGCUUCUUGCAAAUGGUGGCUGAUGCGGCAGCAAUGGAACACAAAGACCCUCACCAGUUAUUGGAUGAGGUCCUUGAUGCUAUCUGGAGGAACUUUGAUUAUGUUGGGGGCACCAAGAUGAGAAAGGCUGUUGCCAUGGGUGUGGGAUCUUUGCUGCUCUCUGGAAACCAACAAGUAAUGGGAAGGUUUGAUGGUGAAAUUAUGAACAUAUUCUUGGAUGUCCUUGGAGAAACCCAGAACAAUGAGGCAGAAGGCGAGUGAGUGCAACACAUCCUGAUGCUCCAUGUUACAAAGCUCAAUUGUUUUGACAGAAAUGGCCUUCUGUGCUGGGGUGACGAACAUGCUAUUGUUUGGAGUGACAUGCAAGCUACACCUGAGGGUGCUCGUCGCACCGCCAUUGAAAGCAAAGACCCAGCUUAUGCUGUACCACUCAAAUCCUUCAUCAUAGGGACAAUGACCCAGGGGAUGACAAUAGGACUAUUGCCAUAUUGGGAGAAGGCUGAUGAAGGGACCAAGCAUAGUUUGGAGAAGUUCCUUGCUUAGACAGUAGAUAUCUUACAGACAUGCUCACAUGUCACAGACACACUGCAGCUCAACAUCCAAAACAUGUCAUAUCACCGGUGAUAUUGCAGGACACUGAACAAAGCAUGCUAGUUGCCUGCAUGGAUUGUCUUUUUUGCUCUUGUCUCUGGGAAUAUAUACUUGCAGGUUUGUGUUGACCUACUC